UUUGAAGAACUCGGCACUGUUGUUAGGCCCCCUUCUCCACUCGUCGGCCACACACAAAUGAUCACGCGAGCACUCAUGACAGCGAUCGAAGACCUCUAUGCCGAAGAUUCAGACCUUUUCCUCGAUGAAGCUUGCACGUGGCUUGCAGUCGAACACGACAUCAUCAUCAGCUCAUCAUCCUUAUCACGCAAUCUCAAUCAAGCUAGCCUCUCUCGCAAAAUGCUUCAGAAGAUUGCGUCUGAACGUGAUGAUAUCCGUCAACAAGCGUUCAAAGAUAGUCUUCGGAAUGACCUCGUCAGCGAUGGCUCAGAGUUUGUCGUCCUCGAUGAAACUAGCAAGAACGAGCGUACUUACGCGUGGGGUUACGGACGAGCACCCUAUGGACAACGUGCACAGCUUAGUGAUGUAUCUGUUCGAGGAGACCGCUAUUCGCUAUGUGCUGCCAUGACGGUAGACGGCUAUGUUGCAACACGUGCUGUUGAAGGUCCGUUUGAUGCACAAGAGUUCUACGAUUUGUGA